AUGAAGGUUUCUUUGGGGAAGAUACAACAACGGAAAGAUGAAGCUACGUUUGAGAAUGGCUUCUCUUUGGGUGCUUCCUCCUCAUCGUCGUCGUUUACAAGAAACAAAUUUCUUCCAAGAUCCAUACCUAGCAAUUAUGAUUUUGAAGAGCAUGAACAGAAAAAAAGGAAUUCUUUGAAACCACUUGUUGGAUCUUUGAACCCAAACGAACAACAAUCGAGUAACUUUCAAAUAAUGAGGAAAUCGUCAAACUUUGAAGCCAACAACAUCUCUUCAACACCAAAGAAAAGCAAAAAAAUAGCGUUCUACAAUGAUGGCAAGUUAGUGAGCGGCAAAUCAAGAACCAGCAGCCAAGAAUCCAAUUCAUCAUUGGAGGAUGAUGAACGUAAUUCAUCUUCAUUUUCAUCUUCGGAAGAUGAUGACGAAUUUAUUAGAGCUCAGGAACAAGCACGUGUCGAGUACAGAGGAACUGACGAGGAGGACUUAAAACCAACACCAAGUAUGUCCCUUCCGUUGGGACUCAAUUUAAACGAAAAUAGUUGCUUUGAAUUUCCGACAAGUUUUGAUGAACUGGCUUUGGAUCCCAACUUGAUGGCUCUUGAAGAGUACCUGUCCGAAGCAAAAUUGCGAGCAGCUACUGGCGAGAACAAUCUUCACAAUGUUAAACAUCUUGAAAUUAUUGUAAAUACAACUAAUAAUUCGUUGGGAGAUAUUGGUGGCAAGCUUUGCAAUUUGGAGGAAUUAAAACUAAAUGGAAGUACAAUUCCAUCAAUUAGAGAUUUAGGAACCAGCCUCAAGAACAUUAGAAUUUUAUGGCUGUCUAGGUGUGGGAUCAAAGAAUUAGACGGCAUUUCUACAUUUUCAAAACUUCGAGAACUUUAUUUGUCUUACAACGACAUUGAUGACAUUUCUGAUCUUGCAGGAAUGGAAGAAUUAGAGAUUUUAGAUUUAGAAGGAAAUAACAUUGACGAUGAGUCACAACUUGUUUAUCUUCAAGAUUGUCGACGACUUACAAGUUUAACGCUCUCAGGAAAUCCAAUGUUGGUAAAACUAAGUGGGAAGUAUAGAUCUUCUGUGCGAGAGACUCUACCCACACUUGAAUACCUUGACGAUCUAUCUUUGGCAUCAUCUGAUGACUCUGUAGGGCGUGGAGUUAGUCCAAUCAAAAAAGAAGAGGCCAUACCUUCGUUAGAAGAUUUGGAAAAUGAAUUUGAAAUGCUCAAAAAAUCCAUCAAACUCACCAAAGUCGAAUCUCUAGAUGAAGGCCUUAGUGAGAAUCCAUUAAUUUUGACAAUAAGCACUAGACUUUACAAUCCUGCUGAUAAUAACAUGAUACGAAAUAUUACUGCAACUACACCAAGGCUAGACGGAGGACGUCCACAAUCAGCUUCUUUCUUUCGCCGUCCUUCUACAUCUUCAUCUCUAGCAAGGAGCAUGACGAGAAGCAGAAUGGGAAUGAGACCAACCACCUCUCAGGGCCGCCCUAUCACGGCCAUGUCACUUUCUCAAUCACGACCAAUGACUGCUUCUUCUAUGAUGCUGAACAGACCAAUGACUGCUUCUUCGGAAAAACAAAACAUUCCAACAACCAUUUUACAAUCUAAGAAAGAUGAAAAUGAAGACGCAAGCAGCCACCUUACAUUCAAAGCAACAGAUGUGUUUUGUGGAAAUAUAGCCAAAGGGUUGAAGAAGAAAAAGAAAGAGGAACCCUUGUUCUUGGCUCAUGCAGGACCUGUGGAGCUUGACAUUUUGGCAGAAGUUCAAAAGCAUAAGCUCAAUACUUUAGACGAACCCAACGAAGAGUUGGAAGAGUUUUUAAACGAAGUAUACGAUGGCUUGGAAGUAUUAGAAACACCAUUUGACGACGAACGACCAAGUAAAAUGGUAUCACAACAAGAUAAAAAGAAAAAGCCAAAGGCAGAAUUGCGUGCACAGUAUGAUGACAUUGAUGAAGACAACCAAAGCAAAGGAAGAAGAAACAAAAGGUGA